AAUCGGCGGCCAGCUGCCGCGGAAACGCCGAAAGUGCUGCAAACGGACUACUUCGUCGCUGUGCUAUGCAUCCCAUGGCUUUGGAGGUGUUUGUCGACACCUGAACACCCUUUGAAUCGUACGGUGGAGGACUAAAGUCCCUUUAUUGAGAUUAAAACCACCAAUAGCGACUGUUUUGAUGUCCUCCGCGCUUCGAGACAUGGACGUUUUUCGCUGCACUCCCGAGAGAGGAUUGUCCGACUUUGACCUCAUCCAGGAGAUCAUUACAGAGGACCACACAGGCAUAUCCCUCCCCAGACCGCUGCCUCCUCCUGCUGAGCUGCGCGGCCAAAACCACAGGAUGCACCGGCUUUGUUCCGCCGCCGCCUCUUCCUCCUCGCCAUCAUCUCAGCCAGUGCUGGUGGCGAGAGGCACCACGUGUCAGGUACCGUCCAGCUGCAGCUUCACACCCCCUCUGCAGCAGCUCUGCUCGCCCCGGGAAAUGUCUCAACGUCCGCCUGCCCAUCCUGCCGCCGGCUCGAACCGCCAUGGUCGCGGCCUCCCAUGCCCACGAACAUCAAAAGCCCCCAGCAGCAGCAGCAGCGCCAUCCCUUCUAAGAGCCGGUCAGGAGCAGAGAUGCUGGAGCGCAAUCUGGAGAAGCCCAAACUUGUGGUGGUAGAGCAGCCCAAAGAGCGAGGCAUGAGGUUUCGCUAUGAGUGCGAGGGACGCUCGGCCGGCAGCAUCCUGGGGGCGUCCGGGAGUGAAAGCAACAAGACUCAACCGGCCAUUGAGAUUCAAGGUCCCAUUGAGCACUUGAAGAAGGUCACAGUCACCGUUUCCUUGGUAACCAAAGAUCCCCCACACCGGCCGCACCCCCACUGCCUCGUGGGAAAAGACUGCCCGAAUGGAUCAGGUAUCUGCGUGGUGACGCUGAAUCCUCACAGCAACCGACGCCACAGCUUUGCCAACUUGGGAAUCCAGUGUGUGAGGAGGAAAGAACUUGAUGUCUCGCUGCAAAAGAGAAGAAAACAGAAUAUUGACCCAUUUCUAACUGGUCACUCCAAGGGCAUCGAGGACAUGGACAUGAACGCCGUGCGUCUGUGUUUCCAGUGCGAGUUGGAGUGGGAGGACGGCACAACGGACAGUCUGAGCCCCGUGGUGUCCAACCCCAUCUUUGACAAGAAAGCGACCACGACGUCCCAGUUAAAAAUUAGCCAGCUGAACCAGUACACGGGGGCCUGCACUGGCAAGACGGAGAUCUACAUGCUGUGUGACAAAGUGCAAAAAGACGACGUCGAGAUCAUCUUCCGGCGCGGCUCGUGGAAGGCCAACGGCGAGUUUGCCCAGACGGACGUCCACCGGCAGAUCGCUAUCGUGUUCAAAACGCCUCCCUACCAAGACCAGGACAUCACAGAGGAAGUGGACGUCAGCGUCACCCUGCGCCGGCUCUCCGACCAGAUGGAGAGCGAGCCGGUCACCUUCACGUACCUGCCGUACAAUCCCGAUCCGUAUCAGGUGAAGCGCAAGCGAAAGAUCAAGGCAGACAUGAGCUUCCAAGAGAAAACCGAUGUCGCGGGUGAGCAGCACGGCUUCUUCGCCACCGUUUUGACCCCCACGGCUUUCCCCGCUGUCUACUCGGGCUCACACUGUCUUUAGAAUGCAAUUUUCAAACACAAAGGCUGCAAUUUUAUUUUAGUGGCCCG